CACACACACACCCCUCACUUCACCUCAGCUUCUUCACAUUCCACUCUUCUUUUACCCUAUUCAUAUUUCAUUCAGUAGCUUUCCGUAAGUCUUUUCUCUUUUCUCAGUUUCAGCUUCGAUGUCGGAGAAACAAGGCUUGAAUGGAGCCUACUACGGCCCAUCCCUCCCUCCCAAGAGGGAGUCCUACCAAAGCGUCGGCCACGGCGGAGGUCCCCUCGGCUGCUGCUGCAGCUGUAUCUUCGGCCUUGUCUUCAAGCUCAUCUUCACCGCCAUCGUCUUCAUGGGCCUCGCCAUCUUUGUCUUCUGGAUCAUAGUCAAACCUCACCGUAUCAAGUUCCACGUCACUGACGCCAACCUCACCCAGUUCAACUUCUCCUCAGACAGCAACCUCCACUACAACCUCGCCCUCAACCUCACCAUCCGAAACCCUAACAAGAAGUUCGGCAUCUACUACGACCGCAUCGAAGCCAGAGCUAACUAUGAGGGCCAGAGGUUCAGCACGAUCACUCUCACCCCGUUUUACCAAGGACACAAAACCACCAACGCUUUGAACCCCGUGUUUAAUGGACAGCAGUUGCUUGUUGGGUCCAAUUUGCAGUCGGAGUAUCAAAAGCAGACAAGUGCUGGGGUUUACGAAAUUGAGAUGAAGCUUUACAUGGGGAUUCGGUUCAAGUUCGGUCGAAUCAAGACCGGAAAGUUCAAGCCCAGAGUUGAAUGUGACUUGAAGGUUCCUUUCAGUACGAAUGAGAAUUUUGCAACUACCUUUGAGACCAAGAGUUGCGAAGUUGAUUAUUUGAAUUAGAGUCCUUCUAGCUGGUCCUUCUUAUUGAUACAGUCUCUUCUUAUCUUUUCGCUUUGCUUUGUUCUUGUUAUACCAGUCAGUAUUCUUUUGUUUCUUUUUUUGGCGUUAUUAUUGUUGGCGUGAGUCACUCUUCAUAAUUGUAGGAAGAAUUGUAAUAUAAUUAAGAUUGUAUAGUUAAGGAGAAUAUUAUAUAGUUAAAAGGAAGAAUAUCACGGUGUAAUUAGUUUUUUAUUAGGAUUGUGUAUACUUAAUUUGUAUGUACUUCGUCUUUGGAGAAGAUCAAUACAUCAGAAAUUCUCAAA